CUCGACCAGUUUCUGCGACUAGUUUUCUUCCAGUAUCUACCUCUCAGUUGUCUAGCCCUCCAUCAGCCCAGGCAAAUAUAGUAACAGGAGUAGCAAAUACUCAGAGCGUCACAAGCUGCGGAAUAGGUACUCUUGCCCCGGUACUACCUGUCACUGGCUGUAAGUUAGCACCUCUUCGAGUACCUCUGCCGACGGGGAUACUUCUUGCUGGACCUCUUUUAACUGGUGCUGGUUCCGUGACCUCCGUCAACGCCACCACUACCUCAGCUGCUACCACUGCAACGACGGUUGUGACUGUAGCCUCGGAAUCUAUUUCUAACUCUUCGUCCGUUACUUCGACGCAACAGGGUCAAAUUCAAGCAGCUCCAAUCGCUGUUACAACUAAUCUGCCUCCCAUAUUGAGUUGUCCACAACUGCCUCAUCAUCAACAUCACUCUUUACAGCAUCCGCAUACAGCGAAUACGAUUAAUACUACUAGUGCAACUACCAUUCCCUUAUCCACGACACUACCAGCACCUCGUCCAUUGACUUCGCAAACAGCAGGAAUUCCCUCUUUUUUAUCAACUGCUCCGUCAUUGAUAUCAACUACAACAGUGUCUACGGUUGCUUUGACGUCAACUGCCACUACUAUUGGGGCUGUUUCGGCACAACCAACACUUUUGCCGGUACUGCCCACCUCCGGCCUUCAGGCGUCUGGCACGAUUCCUUGCAGUUUGACCUCCGCUGGACAAGUACAUCAGGCCUCCCCUGCUGCUGUGUUCAGCCUGACUCCCGGCGGACUGAACCUAAUCGGACAGUCAAGCCUAGUCGGGACUACUGGCUCAGGCGUCCCUGUCUUAGCACAAACACAGGCCUCUGGGCCCAUUUUGAUACGAGUACGAAUUUUGGUUCACAUUAUACAUUUUCUUUGUCAGAGUUGUAUUUCCACACAUUUUCAGGUGGUUAAAAAUAUUAUUCAACAUAAAUAG